UAUUCUAUAAUAGUCCCCGUCUCAUAGUGUCUUUUUAUCGUCCCUAUAGUACCUCUUUAAUGCAAAGGAGACUAUUUUAGAAUAGAAAUUGUGAAAAAAAGAGAGGCUAUUUUAGCCAAUUUCACUAAUUUUCAAACUACAAUCUCCAAUCACCCUCAUGAAUGUGACUUCUCUCUUUGAGGCUCCUCCUAUUAAAUUGAUUCCCUACCAGGCUGCCAUUUCAUUUUCUUAACUCCUUAUCAUCUCUCUCUCUCUGUCCUCUCUCUCUGUUCUCAAAUUCCACCACUUCACUUCCUAGAAAGCAUACAUAUCAAAGCCUCCUCUCCUGUUGCUGACAAAUUCACAUCAGGCUCUCUAUACAAAAAACUUAGCCACUUUUAUAAAGUUUCUGCCAGCAUUGCAGGUGUCUUGGACUCCACAUGGGGAGGCACUCUUGUUGCUACAAGCAGAAGCUAAGGAAAGGCCUCUGGUCUCCUGAGGAGGAUGAUAAGCUUCUCAAUUACAUCACCAAGCAUGGUCAUGGCUGCUGGAGCUCAGUGCCUAAGCUAGCAGGUCUACAAAGGUGUGGGAAGAGUUGCAGGUUAAGGUGGAUAAAUUACCUGAGGCCUGAUUUGAAGAGAGGCCCAUUCUCACAGCAAGAAGAGAAUUUGAUAAUAGAACUUCAUGCAGUUCUUGGAAACAGAUGGUCUCAGAUUGCUGCUCAGUUACCUGGAAGGACAGAUAAUGAGAUAAAGAAUUUAUGGAAUUCCUGCAUUAAGAAGAAGCUGAGACAAAGAGGCAUUGACCCCAACACUCACAAACCACUCUCAGAGGUACUUGAUCAAGAUGACAAAGAGAUUAGCAAGCUCUCCCCAACCUACAAAAGCAAUGAGAAAGCCUCUGUGGGAUCAAAUGAACUCAAUCUUGCUGAGGCAGUGAAUUCAAAGCCACCUGCAGUCUCCGAAAACCGGUACCCGGUUGAGGUUUCUUCCAGCUCCAAGGUCCUCAACAACAACAGUAACAAUGGCAGCAGCAGCAGCAGCAAGAAUUUGACUGCUGUUAAUCCACCCACCCAAGAGUUCUUCCUGGACAGAGCUUGUACCACCUCACAUGAAGGCUCCACCAGCAGUUGCAGGCCCUAUGAUUUGGUGGGGUAUUUCUCUUUUCAUCAAAACCAAUCCAAUUAUGGAUCAGAUAUGGGGCUAGCAGUAAAUCCAAAUACCACUUUCAGCUUCCUCAAUCAAAAUCCAAGGUCUUCUGAGAUGCUACCGGUAGACUUCAGUUCUAGCAUGACACCAAGUCUUCUUCCAACCAUGUCAUCAAGCUCAUCAAUCUUCACAACUCCCCCCACACGUGUGAAGCCUUCCAUCAGCCUCCCCUCUGAUAAUUCAUCCACUUGGGAUUCGAACACCUUCAGCAACAAUGGCAACAGAAGCAGCAGCAGCAACAUGGAACUGCAAAGCAACAACAACAACAACAACAGCAACAGCUUCUUUGACAGCAGCGCUGCAGCUUUUUCUUGGGGCCUGCCAGAGCCUGUAAAAUCUGACGAUGCAGAAGAGAUAAAAUGGUCUGAAUAUCUCCACAGUCCAUUUCUGAUGGGAACAACAACAACCGCUAUACAAAACCAUCAUCAAGCCUUUCAACAUAAUAAUACAUACACUCAUGAUCAGGUCAAACCAGAAACAUCACAGUUUUUGUCAAACAGUUCAAGUGCAACAACAACAACUUCAACUUGGCACCAUCAGAACCAACAAGCUUUUCAAGCUUCAGAGAUGUGUACAAAGGAUCUUCAGAGACUUGCUGUAGCUUUUGGACAGACCCUUUAGUUUUUAUUAUCAUUCAAAAUCAUCAGGUGCAGGACAACCUACUCUAUCUAGCUAACUUUGAGAACAAAAAUUUCAACAUCAUCAUCAGAAGUUGUCAGUUUGAGAGAGAGAGAGAGAGAGAGAGAGAGAGAGAGAGAGAGAGAGAGAGAGAGAGGGCUUGGAAUUAAGACUUCUUCUGGUUUUACAAUUUACAGGUGUGUGCUUAUAGAAUUUUCUUUUUAUUUUUUUUGUAAAUGUGUCCAAUACCAAAUUUAUCAGCCUUUAUAUUUUCAUUGUUAAUCACCAUAUAUAUUGUGAUAUCUCCAUCUGAGGUUUAUGUUCAUCCAAAUCCUUAGGUUUGUGCAUGAAAUAUAUAUUUCAUGUUCUUCAUUCAAUUAUUGCAGAUUUAAUUGAAAACAGC